AUGAAAAAUAACAAAACACACCAACAAAUGAACAGUGAAAGAGUUCAUUUAAUUCCUCAUUCUUCAAAACCUGUUAAUGAGUAUUAUAAUCCAAAAUUAUUAGUGGGUUUGUAUCCUACUCUGUUCUGUUAUGGACGUGGUGCACCUGACGAUCAAUCACGUCCUGUUAAAGCGAAUUUACGAGAACAUAUACGCUACCUAUUAUCCUACAAUGAUCGACGUUUUGAAAUGAAUCACAGCUUUAUAUUUGUGGUCUUCAAUAUAUUGCAACGACGUAAUGCUUGUUUUCAUGCUCAAUUGAUCACAACGAAACCUUACUUUCGAGAAUCAGCCCAGGAUAUCCAGACUUUAAACAGUAAAGACAUCGAAACCGCUCUCGAGAAUAUUUCCAAAAAAACAUAUAACUCAGAAUCAAACAGUGCAUUAAACAAAUUAUUAAAUCAUAUCAAAACCAUCGGUGGUCGAGUUAUGGGCUCCGCAUAUUCACGCACGGCCUUACGAACUCGCAUUCAUUCGUUAAUAUAUAAUCAAUGUCUACCUAACAUCUUUAUGACGUUAAAUCCAGCUGAUAUUCAUAGUCCCGUCGCACUAUAUUUUGCGGGUGUCAAGCUUGAUUUGGACAACAUUCAAAUGGAACAAUUGCUCAAUACUUAUAAAAGAGCUGAAAUAAUAGCAUCUCAUCCUGUAGCUACCGCCAAAUUUUUUCAUUUAUUAAUCACCAAUAUUUUAGAGACUAUAAUUGUUGACGGUGUUCUUGGGCCAAUAAAGGCUUAUUUCGGUACUGUUGAAAGUCAAGGACGAGGUUCUCUUCAUCUACAUCUUCUUAUUUGGCUUGAUCAUGACAUGAAACCGGCCGCUAUGAAAGAGCAAGUUCAAAAUUCUACUUUUCGUGAGAAGUUGAAAGCGUAUCUAGAAGAUAUUAUCAAAGAAGAUCUAGAUGAAUUCAAAGAUAAAUAUGUCUUCGAGAAUUCAGAUGCAUCAAGGUCAUUCAAUACUCCAACACAAUUAUCAAGAGAUAAUAUUUAUACAGCUUUACGUACUAUUGAUUUGGCAGGUUUAGAAGAAAAUACAAAUGAACAUGGUAUUCAAUCGACACCAACGAAAGAACGAUCUUCUCCAUCAAUUCCUUAUGGUUCUCCACCAAAUCUUUAUGGUUCUCCACCAAAUCUUCAUGGUUCUCCAUCAAUUCCUUAU